AUGAGCAUCACUCCAUCCCUACCGCAACUCACCACCACCCCUCCUCCACCUGAUCCUCCACGUCGUAGAUUCGGUUCAGCGACAGCUACAGCCCCCAAAAGGGCCGACCGACCUUCAUUCUCAUCCUCAUCCAUCUCUUCCCCGGCCUUGAUCGCUCCUCCUCCGGAUGUACAGCGCACUCGAUCAGCUUCGUCUGCAUCAUCAACUGCCUCUGGCCCUAAUACCCCAACCCAGGGACAGGGAGGGUUCGAUAUUGGCUUGGCAGCUGAUAAGGCUCAACAAUGGUUAUCCACCUGGGCACCGAGGGGUGAAGGUCGAUCUAGAGAAUUCCUCACCAACACUCUGAAUGGGGUAGCCAACGUUGCUAGUCAAGUGUCGAAUAACCUAAAUAGGGAGGGAUUCGGAUCGAGAUCUAACAGUUUUGCAUCUGCCUCGACUCCUUCCGUACAAGGUCAAGCUAGUAUACCUUCGUCUCCUGAGGAGAGAUUCGGAGGUCCAGCGGCAGUAUCUGGCUCAGCAUUAUCUAUCUCCCCUUCCCCUAAUCCACUUCCACCAAUUAUCAACCAUACAACUUCUACACCUGCUCUGCCAGCUCAAAGGAAAAUACCUCAGCCUGCCAAUCUAUCUAGACUAGGUCAUAGCAAUUCUACCACUUCUACACCAACUACUACCACUGGCUCGUCAGCAUUGACAUCGAAACUCAAUGGAAGUGCCAAUGGAAGUACCAGCUCGUUGCCUCUACAUGGUCCAUCACAUCUCAAUCCCAAUGCACCUUCUAUCCCAUCAGGACAUCGCCGAAACUCUUCCACCGCUUCAAAUCCAAGUAGUCAUAAGAGGACAUCAUCAUUCGGAAUAUCAUUAGGCAAAUCACCAUCUAUAAGUCGAUCUGCGAGUUUGACCAAACAGGCGACGACGAAAUCGGCUGGAAUGCCAUAUAAGAUUGGGUUCCAGCCUCAGGGAGUGAAACACGAUAGGACGGAGGAGUUCGUUCGGGCUAGAAAGGUUAAAGGAGAAGAAAGGGAGAGGGAGGAAGGGAGAUUGGGAAGAAGGUGGGCAAAGCUCGUCGACCUUCAUUUCAACCCAACAAUCCCCAAUCCUUUACCUACCGUACCCACACUCACGAGAUCGUCCUCGUCUACAUUCUCGAUAUCAAGUCUGGCAUCUGGGUCUGGCGGUAACGAUCGUCGGAAAUCGUUACUCUCGAUAGACGGAGCUUUGGAUGCGUUGAAACCGAAAGACGUAUGGAAAGGGUUUAAGAGUGGACCUGGACCCGGAGGUGAAGAAGGGAAAAAGAGAGCCGCUGAACAAGCGAUAGUGAAAUGGGAGGAUGAUAGUGAAGUGAAAAAGUGUCGCAUAUGCCAAUCAUCAUUCUCCCUGUCCAAUCGUAAACAUCACUGCCGCUUAUGCGGUCGUAUAAUAUGUUCUCUACCCCCUACUCCACCAGCAUUAUUGGCGGUCCAGAUCCAGUUGUUUGCACCUGCCAAUCCUGAAGCUACAUCCACCAAUUCUCAAGGCGGUUUACCACCCGGCACUCGACGAGAGAAAUGUUCGUUGUUGUUGGUGGCAGAUUGGAAGACCGGUAGAGGUGAGGAGGUGGAAGAGGGAUUUGUGGGAUGGAUGAAGAUGGAUGAUCAGUCUGAUCAAGCUAUACAUCCUACUGUCACUAACAUCGAACCGAACCAAAAGUCUCCGGCGAGUCGGACGAGGAGAUCGAGAAUGAGUACGAAUUCGAUAUCAUCUUCUAUAAGUGAGGACCCUCAAGUCCACGAUAAAGAAAGAACUAUACCCCUGCCUCAACAGCCUAAGGAAGUUCAGGUCAAGGGAUGUAGAGUGUGCAGGGAGUGUUGGAGUGUAGUAUCUCGUAAACAGAAAAUGCAAGAUCGACAGAGAGUAACAGGAUUCGCACGGUUAUAUUCUGCUUUAAGGAGUUUACAAAGCAAUAUAGAAGAGUUGAUGCCUGAAUUUGAAGAUUUGUUGGCUGAUCUGACCGAAUCGGAUAACCCACUUGAGCCUUCCCCUGAAGUAUUAUCAAUCCACAAACAGCUCCUAACCCUCUUGACGCAGUAUGAACAUUUAUCAAAGCGAAUAGGAGGGUUGACGUGCGAAGAAGGAUCAAGUCAGGCUAUAGUCCAAUCUGCAGUGGCUAGGUCGGCAGCUGGCUUUUUGGCUAGGGAAAUGGUCAAAUUGCAGACACUUCAAAAAUUGCAAAAACGAGCUGCCAACGCUAAACGUAAAUCUCUCCGAAUUCACGAAUUGACCUUGUCGAAUUCAUUGAACGGUACGAGUCUAUCUGAUGGGAGUGGCACCACGACACCCACGUCGGAGUUGUUGGUGGAUAAAGGGAUUGAAGAUGUUGCGGUGGUUUUGCAACCUUUGUUAGAACAGGAAGCUCAAUUAGAAGUGUAUAUAUCUGAUGCGAAUUCGCAAAGGAAAUAUGAAGAUUCGAAAGCUUUGAAUGAAGCUUUGAGAGAGAUUAGGUUGGAGAUUGAACGGAUCACUCAAAGGGCCAAGUGA